AUGGCUAGUGAUGGUAAUUCUAAACCAGGAAAUAUAGAAGAUAUAUCAGAUGCAUUAUUAAUUAAUUCUAAAUUUACCCUAAAAGACUAUCUAUUUCCUGAUAAUAGUAAAAAUAAUGAACAGAAGACUAACUCAAUGAAUUUUCCUUCCUCAGGUGCAAUGCCACAUUUAUUUUCUUCGAUAAUUUCUGGUGCUAAUGCACCGACUGGUUUGAAUAAUAUUAUUCAGAAUGGACAAUUAUCUGGAUCUUCUAGAGAACCUAAUCAGUCAUCAAGUAGUAUUGAUAAAGGAGGUAAUCUUACUGAUUCUCUUUCCACUAAUCAACUACCUGGUGGUUCCGGUUUUCAUUUAUCUUCUGAUGUUUUGUCACAACAAUCACAAGCAAUGAUGAGAAUGGAUGGUGGUCUAGCAAGUACAACAGUGUCUGAUGAAAGUGUUGGUGAAUAUGGAAUGGCGGCGUUUAUGAAGCAUUUUCGAGCAUGCCAAAAAGGCCUUGAAAAUCAUGUACAUACAGUUGGAAUACCAGUUGAAAAUACUGGAAUACCAAGAGCAAAAGAUGAUGUAAUGGUUUAUAAACAAUUUGCAGGACCAUUUGCAGAAAGUGCUAUAGCUGUUCAUCCUCAUAUAACAGAAACACCUAAAGAAUAUCAAUUUUCAAGCUUAGGGAAAAUAAAUUUACCACCUUUAAAUAUGGCUAAACUAGGUGAUGAAACAUUAAUACAUAUAUUUUAUAAUUUUCCUAGAGAAGCUUAUCAGAAUAUGGCAGCAUAUGCUUUAAUAAAACGUGGAUGGCAUUAUCAUAAAAUUUUACAAGGAUGGGUUAAGAGACCACCUUCUAAACCAACUGAUCCUUCAAUUACAAAUCAAUCAGAAUGCAUUUUUUUGUUUUUUAAUCCUAUUACCUGGAGAGUUGAAAAUAGGAAGUGUAAAGCUGAUAUGGCUGAUAUUGAAAGAGCUUCACCGAUGACUCAAUCAUUAUAUAAUCAUUAUCUAUGGAGGCAUUAUGAAUCAAAAAUUCCUGAAAAUUGUAGGAAUGAUACAUUGCCACCAUUACCAAAAAAGCCAAAUCCUAAUCCAUAA